CAGUCAGGUGACAAUAUGAAAACAUGAACAUGUCGCCCAAAAACAAUGAUGAUCCUUCCGAGAAUCCUAGAAACAAUGUCGAGGAUGCUGAUAUUCAAGAGAUGGAGGCCGUAAACGACAGCCUGGAUGAGCUAAGUUCGGCAUUGGAUUUCUUUGAACAGCGGACGGACAAUAUUAUUGAGCAACUGAAAGAAUUGCUACAUUCGAAUCGUGAAAUACGACAAGAGCUGGCAAUGGAAAAUGCCACAUUCGGUGUAGAUAAUUUGGAUGUACAAGAGCAGAAAGAUGAGUAG